AUGAUGCUUGAUGCUCAGAGAGGGUUACAUCUUGGCAUUGGGAAAAUCAGUUUACAGGUCUUCCCCAAUAAACAAGAGACUGCUCGCUCCGAUUCCACAUUUAAACUCCCACGAGUUUCUUGCUACGAUAUUCCAUCACCCCAUUACCCGGCAAGGUUUAGGGAGUCCAGGGAUGAAAUGGAACCGAUUGCAGCCUUGAAAGAAGCUAUAAAAGCUAGCACCCAUCAAGCUCGGCAAGGAUUUCACCCUUUCCAGCCCGAUUUGAAAUGCAAGUUGCAUUCGGCUGUUUGA